AAGAAAAGUGAGAUAGACCCAGUUUGUCUACUUGUUGCUUAUUAGCCUUACUCUGAAUAACAUUUAAAAAAUGUAGUUAGUGAUUUGGGGGAGAGACAGACAUGGAUUUGUUGUUCCCCUUAUUUAUGCUUUCAUUGGUUGAUUCUUGUAUGUGCCCUGCCUGGGGAUUGAACCUGCAACUUGGUAUUGUGGGACAAUGCUCUAACCAACUGAGCUACCCUGCUAGGGCCAGAAGAACAUUUUGCAGGGAGGAUGCUAAUUCAAGUGUCUAUGAUGGAAAGUUGCAGGGACUUUUAACAUUCCUCAAGCCAUGAAAUUUUGUUGGCCAUGGAUGAAAUGCUGCACCCAGAUGUGGCCCAGCCUGUGGCUGUAGAUAUUUUGAAUGUCAAGAUUAAGGGUUUACACAGGAGUCUGGGGACAGAGCCUGUAGCUAAUUGCUACUAGCCCGGCUCUCAGAUGAUGGUUCUCUCUGAUAAGAUGGUCUGUUAAGAGGUGGAGAGGAAUGACUCGGGGGUGAGACCUGCCAGGGGGCAAGCCUAAGGGACUGUCAGCCCUACCCUGGCUGCUGGUGGAAGAUGGGAGAGGCCGUAACAGGUGCAAGAAUGGCCGUGUUCCACCUUUGCUGAAAGCUCGGAGUGAAGUAAGACUGCUUCAGAUUUGGAAGCAUGUUUCCUUAGAUCGUGACUUUCCUAAAUCCGCCUAGGAAGGCUGGAUGCACCUAUCACUAUAUAUCCUUUGAAAACCCCUUCUCAGAAUCCCACUUUCAGAAGCGUGGUCUGAUAACAGUCAGGUUGUUUUUAUCCCGAAGUCUGUAGUCUGUGCAGACUUGCAUUUCAGUAGGUUUGCUGGAGUUCAGAAGUUUGAGCUGCCACUGAAGUAUUGGCUGUGCAGAGGCGGGGUUUUCCGUCUCCAAUGAGGCGCCUUCAGUCCCCGGAAAGCCUAUCAUCUUUCACAGGGAGUGCUGGCUCUGUAAUCCAAGCAAUAGCCACGCAGCCCGAUUUAUUGUUUGUGGAGUCCUGUGGAUCCCGAGCGGCUCCCAGCUGGGAAAGAGGGAAAGAGGGCAAGUAGGCGGUUUAGGGUUCCGCGCUGGGCUGCCGCAGCAAGUGAGCUGAACUCUGAUUUCUCCUAAGUCACCUGUUUGGGUGAACUCGAAACUGGGCACCUGCGUUGACGCCGCAUCUCUUUAUCCAGGCUGAGGAGUUCCUUCUGUCUGCCACAGACGGCUGGCUCUCCGCCCUUGCAGGGAAAGAUGCCUGGGAGAGGAGUAGGAUUACAGGUUGGGAUGCGAGGUGCACACCAGAGAGUCGGAGUGCCUUGGCUCUGUUCUUCGCAAAGUCCUGACAAGUGUUCCUGAAAGGAACACCCUGCUUGAUUUUUAAAAUUGCACUUUUAUUUAUUUUUAUUUUAUUUGGGGGAGGGCCGUGGCUACCCCUGAUCUAGAAACCAAGUACCACAGUGUCGCUGGAGUAAAAAAAAAAAUUUUUAUUGUUUUUUUAACCCCUCAUUUUUCUUUUCUUUGAAAUUGGGUGCAUUAAGCUGUGCCUGACUCUCAACAUUGUCUGAAUAAGUGGGAAGGAGCAGGCUCGUUAGAAGGACCUGGACCAAUUUAAAAACACAAGCUUUUUGUUUGCUGGGCUGUCCUUUGUCUGUAGUGGAUUUUGAUGUGAAAGAAGAUGAAAAAGGAAGGCUCUUCAGGUUCCUUCAGACUCAAGUCAAAUUCGGGUUCUCUCUCACGUGCCGUAAGUUGGAUAAAUUUCUCCUCCUUGUCCAGGCAGACAAAGAGGCUGUUUCGCAGUGACGGAGAGCUCUCGGUUUGUGGGCGGCAGGUGGAAGUGGAUGAUGAAAACUGGAUUUACAGAACCCAGCCCAGAAAAGCAUAUUUAUCCCAGUUGGAUGACCACACCCGGGUGAAUGGAAGGUGCGCGGUUUCCAACCUAGAUGAGGAGAGCAGAUGGACAGUCCACUACACCGCUCCAUGGCACCAGCAGGAGAACGUGUUCCUUCCCAGCACAAGACCCCCCUGCGUGGAGGACCUGCACCGCCAAGCCAAGCUCAACCUCAAAACAGUCCUGAGGGAAUGUGACAAACUGCGGCGGGAUGGCUGCCGGAGCUCCCAGUACUACUCCCAGGGACCCACCUUCGCCGCCCCCUCUAGUCCACUCUGCAAUGAGGACCACGAUGAGGAUGAAGAAGCAGAUCAGAAGUGUUCCAUCUCUUCGUCGGAAGAAGAAAGACUUGUUGUCAUCAGGAGACCUAAACCGCCAACCUCAAGCGACUUCCCUGACCUUAACACUCAAACGAACUGGGCCAAGUCGCUUCCCUUGCCGACGCCGGAGGAGAAGAUGCGCCAGCAUGCUCAAGCAGUGCAGGCUGACGUGGUCCCGAUUAACGUGACCGGGGAGAAUUUCGAUCGCCAGGCCAGCCUGCGGCGGUCUCUCAUUUACACAGACACUCUGGUAAGACGACCGAAGAAAGUCAGAAGGAGAAAGACUAUUACAGGAGUCCCUGACAACAUACAGAAGGAGUUAGCCUCGGGCACUGGCCAGGAUGAUGGUGGUGGUCACUCAGUGUACACUCCAGACCACUACUCGACACUAGGAAGACUCGACAGCCACCGGUCUGCCGGGCAGCGCUCCGAAACCAGGGACUGCAGCUGUCAGACCGAGGAAGUCAGAGUGGUGCCACCUUCGAUGAGGAGAAUCAGGGCCCAGAGGGGCCAAGGCAUUGCUGCGCAGAUGAGCCACCUCUCGGGCUCCUCGGGGAACAUGUCCGUGCUGAGCGAUCCUGCAGGCAUCGUGUGCUCCCCCCGCCUCGGCAGCGACGCCGGCUUCCACAGCCUCCCGCGCUCCGGCGCCAGGGCCCCCCUGCAGUCCCUGGAGCCCCAGUUCGCAGACGGCCUGGACGGCAUUUUCCCCUACCGGAGGGCUAACCUCCAAGCAGAUGAAAACCUAGGAUGGUCAGCAGGUGCCUCUAGGACUGGAACCCUUUUGAGGCCCAAGUCCCAGGAGCUGAGACACUUCGAGAGUGAAAGCAGGACAGGCCCAGCCUGUGUGGUGUCCCCUCAUGGGACCUGCUCCACCAGCGUCAUCCCCAAUGCCACCCUCUCCUCCUCGUCGGAGGUGAUCGUUAUCCACACCGCUCAGAGUUCGGGGCAGCUGGACGGCAAAAUGAGCGGCUCCCCGUCAUACACGAAGAUGAAAUCCAGGGACCGCCUCCUCCCGAGGCACUCCGGUUCAGAUGACUGGCGGUCUCCCAGUGGCCACUGGAAUGAAGGUCACUCCGCCAUUGUUUCACAGGCCCUGGGUCCCCAUUCCCCCAGGAGAACCACACCGUUGUCCCUCUGUGAUUCUGCAGUCUCUCUGAACACCCCAGCGAAUCAGGAGAAUGGGCCCCAAGCCAUGGCCUAUAACUGUAGGAAGAACCUGAGCUUCCCAGCACCGCCCCAGGAUGUGGACGGCAAGAGCGAGUCCAGUUAUUCAGGAGGCAGGGGGCGCGGCGCGGAGCCCUGGGAAGACAGCGCCUCGGGGAGUGGGCGGGCCUCCCCGCUGAAGCCUCACCUGGCCACUCCGGGUGACUGCACUCCUGUGAGUAACAUGAGCAGCUGCAGUUUGGACCAGACGUCCAACAGAGACGACGCCAGGUCCCUGUACUCGGAGGACCACGAUGGCUACUACACGUCUGUGCACAGUGGUGCCGCGCAUGGGGCCGGGAGUCUGGGCGGCGGCAGCAAUGGCUUCGGGAACCCCAGGCACAGCGUGGUCAAUGUUUUUGAAGGAGGAACUCAGAAGAACCAAGGGGACCGGGCAAAUUGCCAUGACAGAUCUCUUUCUCGAAACAUCUCUUUGAAGAAAGCAAAGAAGCCUCCGCUGCCGCCCUCUCGGACGGACUCCCUGCGCAGGAUCCCCAAGAAGAACGCCCAGACCAACGGGCAGGUGCUCAACGAGAGCCUGAUUGCCUCACUCCAGCACUCGCUGCAGCUGAACCUCCCAGGCAAGGGUGGGCUGUCACCCUCCCAGAGCCCCUGCAGUGACCUGGAGGAGCCCUGGCUGCCCCGCUCCCGCAGCCAGAGCACAGUGAGUGCGGGCAGCAGCAUGACUUCUGCCACCACGCCCAACGUCUACUCCCUGUGCGGGGUCACCCCGUCACCGAGUGACACAAGCAGUGUCAAGUCCGAGUACACGGACCCUUGGGGUUACUACAUUGACUGCACGGGCCUGCAAGAAGACCCUGGGAACCCCAGCGGGGGCUGGUCCGCCUGCAGUGGGGCACCAGCUGGCAACGGGCCAGUCCGCCACGUCCAAGAGGGCUCCAGGGCCACCGUGCCCCCAGGGCCCGGAGGCUCAGUCAAACCAAAGAUCAUAUCGCCGGAGAAGUCACAUCGAGUCACUUCUCCAUCCAGUGGGUAUUCUAGCCAGUCAAAUACACCCACAACUCUCACCCCUGUGCCUGUGUUUUUGAAAUCAAUGUCACCAGCCAAUGGGAAGGGAAAGACCAAGCCCAAGGUACCAGAAAGGAAGUCCUCCCUGGUGUCUUCUGUAUCCAUCUCCUCGUCGUCCACAUCCCUUUCUUCCAAUACGUCCACGGAAGGAAGUGGAACCGUGAAGAAGCUGGACUCGGUGCCAGCCUCUCUCCCUGCCAUUCCUCCUCUCCCAUCUCUUCCGUCUCCUACCAACACGUCUCCUUCUCUCCCUCCUCCGCCACCUUUAGCAGAUUCCCCCGAGGGCUCUCCUCUACCUCAGUCUCCCCUUUUCCCCCCUCCACCACCAGAAGUUCUUAUUCCUUUCUGUCCUACUGACGCAUGCUUUUCUCCUCCCCCCACAGCCUGUAGCCCCCCUCUGGGCCAUGCCCCUGUGCUGUCCCCUCCACAGUCUUUACCCUCCUUGGUGCCCCCACCUGCCCCUCCCCUUGACCCUAGCCUGAUGAAAGAUGCUAGGCCUUCUUUCAAAAAGUCUAGCCAACCAGACUCCUCCCAGGAGGCCUUGAGACAGCCUGGGACCAAGCAGGGCAGCAGACCCCCCGGGCCCCUGAUAACCACAGAAGCAUUGCAGAUGGUGCAGUUGAGGCCGGUGAAGAAGAACUUGGGAACCGAGGGAGCACUGUUUCAUGAACAAGCGUCUCAGGAAAAACGAACUCCAGUGGUGCCCCAGUAUCAUUUAAAGCCAUCUGCUCUCCUGAAAUCCCGAAAUAGCAUAAAUGAAAUGGAGAGUGAAAGCCAGUCUGCCUCCGUAACAAGCUUGCUGCCGACUCCCGCCAAGACCAUGAGUCAGGGUCACCAGGACAGAGCGGCAGAGCAUGGCUGCAGCCCAGGCAGCCCUAGGGCGGCCAAAGCUGCCCCCGGGCCCUCCCCACAGCAGAUGGCCCCUGGACCUUCACCCAGCAGGAAGCCGCCCCCCAUUUCCAAGAAGCCCAAACUGUUCCUGGUGGUGCCACCUCCGCAGAGAGAAUUCACAGCGGAGCCAGCAGAGAACGUGAGCAAAGCAGCGCCCAGCCCCACAAAGGGAGAGGCCAGAGAGAGUUGUGCAGCCGCGGCCGGUUCUGAUGAGACCGAAUCCGGCAGCUCGGUUCUUGAGGGAGGAGCUGCAGGAACCACGUCCCCAGGCAGAGUGGAUGCCAAUGUCCCCAUGGUGCAGCCUGACGCCUCGCCAGCCCCCGAGCAGGAGGAGCCAGGCACUGAGCCCAGUGGGGACAGUGUGGAGAGCUGUCGGACUCUGCAGGACCCAGGGCCUGGGGCUCCCGAGACCGACUCAGCCCUCUCCUCCUCAGAGGACGUCCUUAAGGAAGAAGGGAGUGAUGAGGCGAUGACCCCCAGCAGACCCCGGACCACGGAAGACCUCUUCGCCGCUAUUCACAGAUCCAAGAGGAAAGUCCUUGGCCGCAAAGAUUCGGAUGAUGACCACGCCCGAAACCACUCUCCCUCCCCACCAGUGACGCCCACCAGUGCUGCCCCCAGCCUGGCCUCCCCAAAGCAAGUGGGAUCAAUCCAGAGAAGCGUCCGUAAGAGCAGCACCAGCAGCGACAACUUCAAAGCUCUGCUGCUGAAAAAGGGCAGUCGCUCUGACGCCAGUGCCCGCAUGUCCGCCGCGGAGAUGCUUAGGAACACAGACCCUAGAUUCCAGAGGUCAAGGUCGGAGCCUUCUCCAGACACUCCUGACAGCCCUUCCAGUUGCUCCCCAAACAAGAACAGAAGGGCCCAGGAGGAAUGGGCCAAGAACGAAGGCUUGAUGCCUCGGAGUCUGUCCUUUUCGGGCCCCAGGUACGGCCGCAGUCGAACGCCGCCCUCUGCCGCCAGCAGCAGGUACAGCAUGCGGAACCGCAUCCAGAGCAGCCCCAUGACCGUCAUCUCGGAAGGCGAAGGGGAGGCCUCGGAGCCUGGGGACAGCAGGGCGCGCCACGCCCUCGGUGCUGCCAGGGGCUGUUCGCUGGGUGGGCUGGAGGGGGAUGAAAUGGACGAGGGCAGCCUGCUCUGCGGCGUGGAGCCGACCACCUUGCUGCGGGCACAGGCUUCCGGCCCUGCGGAUGGAACGGCCAGUGUAGAAGGCAGGCAUCCGUCGGGACCGCGGGAGGUCCCCUGAGGGAAGAGAGUUAGGGACACGCACAGUCUCCCAGGUGCUGGGGGGUGUGCACAACACAUCGCUCUAGGAGGCGGGAGGGGGCCCUUCACCGCCUUCCCCAGGCUCCCGCUCCGUGUUCGUGCUAUGGGCCCGGCCACUGCCGUGCCAAUAAUGGGUGAGGGUUACUUAGGACGCACUUGGCACUUGCCCUGUGGCUUAAGAGCAAGUAGGAGAUUAACUUCUGAAAGUGCUUCCUGGGGAAGAUUUUUUUUCCUAAAUGCUGGGGGAUGGGGGGCGGUGAACAGGUGUGUGUGUGUGCAUUUUGAAUACUUUUUGUGAAAAAAUACACACAAAUAACAGAUAUAUGAGAGAAAAAAAAACAGUUAAGCUAGGUCGAGUAAUGGAGGCUUCUGGACUAGGAGGUGGUGGCUUUAAACAUCUGUUUAUGGAAAUGAGUAUGUUCCAGAAGGAAGGAGACCAUUACUUCUGAGAAGAGGAGGUAGAUUUGCUGGUCUGAGUACACAGAACACGCGGGCACACGCGCCGGUGUGCUUUCGUGGCGAGCCGGGAAGGCUGGGAAAGGGCCGAGUGACUAACUGGUUCAGGUACUUUUUUCCGGGGAAAAAGGCUUUGUUUCUUUUUUGUAAAAAUGACAUGUGGAUGUGGCGACGCUGUGACCUGGAACUUGCUGCUGUGCAGCCGCAGACAUGUAGCUUUAGCCCGAAUUUUGGAAACGUGGGUGUCCUCCUUGAGUGGAGGGGCCUCUGAGACCUGGGUUGCACGUGUGCGCGUUCCGAGGGGGCGGGAGAGGAGAAGGCGGAGGAGAAGGCGGAACACUGCUGCGAUUUGUUUCCUGCUUAGUAAAUGAAACUCUUUUUCAGAAUUAAAUUUGAAAACUUGCACUAUAGAACUGUGGGUGGAGCGUUUCCUUUUAUAACUUUUUCUUUUUUUUUAUACCAGAGAUUAAACUUCCAUUUGGCAAUUUCUUACCACUUGAAAUGUCCACAUUUGCUAACUUUUGGAUAUCCUUUUGGUUACACCAAAGAAAAAGGUAUGGCUAUUUUUCCUUGAACUGCCUGCAGGAUCAUGUCUUCAUUCAGAAAGGGUUUAUCAAAUCUGUCGGAUAUUAUCUGACUUUGACGAAAAUGCAGAAUAGCUCUUUAGUUUCAUAAACUGGUAGAAAUUGGCAGGGCUUGACUACAAAUCAGCCCUGGGAAAUGAGUUUUUAGAUUAAAAAAGACUUUUUUGCAUCAUUUGGUUUGUGCGUUUUUAUAUUUUUUAUAAAUAUAAUUAAGUUAGGUAAUUACCUUCUAAUCUUCUUUGGUUAGAAUGUUACCACUUUUUAGACAUGGGGAAAAGUGUGUAAAGUAUUUAUUUUUAUGUCCUAUGCUGGCGACCCCUUCCCCGACUCCCUCCCAAUUGCCAUGUCCUUGAUUUACUGGUGAAUAAAACCCAAGUCGUCUUCAUCGGGAGGACCUCAGGUGGCAGUUCCGAGGUUCUUGGGUUAUGUACAAGGCAGCUGCCUGUCGCCAUCUGUUCUGGUAUGAAAAUCUCACCUAGAAGUUGGACUGCACAGGCCGUAUCACUAUAAGGUUUGUACAGUAAAACUUCAGAGACCCAUUUCAGGCACGUCUUGAGGACAAAAAACAAAUCUAAAGAACUAAGGCUCCUUCUGUUCUCUGAAGAAGACAAAACCCUUCUUUUCACGCAACCAGGAAUCCAGACCUGACAUUUGGCCAAAAGCAAAGGGCCGUUUUUACUUUCUUGGAGCAAUUGUCUACUACAUUGGGAACAAGGAUUUUUUCGUCUAAAUUUUAGAAAAGUGGUGUUGGCUUUUCAAUAUGAAAUCUUAUAGCUACCUAGAAAAUACUAGAAUGUACAUGGCUGUCAGAAAACUUUAACAUAAUGUACAAAUUAUAUAUGUUGAAGGUAAAAUAAGGAACAUCAAAACUAAUGAUAAAACUAUUUUUU